AUGGGGUUCUGGCGCUCGCAAAGUGGACAGGGUCUCACUCUCCUUCCAGAGUCUGGGGAGCUUCUCACGAUCCCACACACCGCACCGGAAACUGGGCGCAGUACGCAGCAAACGGGCACUGAGCCCGACUCGCACGAGUGGCUAGGAUUCGUGCCUGUUUUCCCGAUCCACCGCGAGUUGGGGGCCGCCGAACGACGAUUGGCGGCUGAGUGGACCCACUAG